CAGCCAGCGUAUGGCGGGGGUGGGGCGCGCUGCUCCCAAGUGCUAGUGGGUGUAAGUGUCGGCUGAUGACUGCCCAUGUGGGUGUAGCCUAAAAUAGCCUGUAGUGACGCCUGAGAGCUGCAGGACGCAGGCUGGGCCCUCAAGAUGGCGGCCAGGGGCGCAACAACCGUGGCCGCACUCUGGCCCCCUCUGCUGUCUCCCGUCAUCCUCUUACUGGUCCUCACGGCCACACUACACACAGGGCUGUGUAGCGAGGAUGAGGAGAGACUGGUGAGGGACCUUUUCCGCGGCUACAACAAGCUCAUCCGCCCAGUGGAGAAUAUGACGAACAAUGUGGAUGUGGCGUUUGGUCUGGCCUUCAUUCAGCUCAUCAAUGUGAACGAGAAGAACCAGAUCAUGAAGUCCAACGUCUGGCUGCGAUUGGUGUGGAGGGACUACCAGCUGAGGUGGGACGCGGCUGACUACGGUGGCAUCAAAGUGCUUCGCCUUCCCCCGGACAAAGUGUGGAAGCCUGACAUUGUAUUAUUCAACAACGCCGAUGGGAACUACGAGGUUCGCUACAAGAGUAACGUGCUGAUUUACCCACACGGCGAGGUGCUGUGGGUGCCGCCUGCCAUCUACCAGAGCUCGUGCACCAUCGACGUGACCUACUUCCCCUUUGACCAGCAGACGUGUCUCAUGAAGUUUGGCUCGUGGACAUUUAAUGGGGACCAGGUUUCUCUGUCCCUUUACAACGACAAGGACUUCGUCGAUCUCUCUGACUACUGGAAAUCUGGCACCUGGGAUAUUGUGGAGGUGCCCGCUUUCCUCAACGUGGUGUCCAACGCGCCCCACCCCACGGAGACCGAUAUCACCUUCUACAUCACCAUCAGGAGGAAGACCCUGUUCUACACCGUCAACUUGAUCCUGCCCACUGUCCUCAUCUCCUUCCUCUGUAUCCUGGUGUUCUACCUUCCCGCUGAGGCAGGAGAAAAAGUGACGCUCGGUAUCUCCAUUUUGCUCUCCCUGGUUGUGUUCCUCUUGCUGGUGUCGAAGAUCUUGCCGCCGACCUCACUGGUGCUUCCUCUGAUUGCCAAGUAUCUGCUCUUCACCUUCGUCAUGAACACCGUCUCUAUCCUCGUCACCGUCGUCAUCAUCAACUGGAACUUCAGGGGCCCGAGGACUCACCGGAUGCCCAACUGGAUCCAGGUGUUGUUCCUCAAGUACCUCCCCGUCAUGCUGUUCAUGAAGCGUCCCAAGAAGACCCGACUCCACUGGAUGAACGAGAUGACCCCCGGCCAGUCCCUCUCUCCUAUGGCAGCAGGCGGCGUGCCUCCCCACCAUCACUUCGGCUCUCCGGAGAUCGAUAAGAGCACCGGCAAAAUCGAGCACAUGGAGAUGUCCAACAUUCACCACCCGAACUGCAAUCUCAACCAAAUGCCGAGGCGCGAAUCGGAAAACUCUGAUUCCCUGUUUAUCACACCGGAAGCGUACAAAGCGACGGAGGCCGUGGAGUUCAUCGCCGAGCACCUGAGAAACGAGGACCACUACAUCCAGAUACGCGAAGACUGGAAAUACGUGGCCAUGGUCAUUGAUCGUCUUCAACUGUACAUUUUCUUCGCCGUCACCACAGCCGGCACGAUUGGUAUUCUGAUGGAUGCCCCACAUAUAUUUGAGUAUGUCGAUCAGGACAACAUUAUCGAUACUUAUAGAGGGAAGUGAAUCAUGAAAUUUAACCAAGUUGGAAUUCACGUGUAUAAUUCAAAACGGAUAAAAAUAUUGAAAAAUAGAGGCAUAUGAUCCGGAUACGAAAGCUUGUGAGCUCAAGUGGGAAUGUGCCAAAUAUAGAAGGAGAA